AUGUAUAACACCAACCCAACACUCGGAUUGAGUAUCGUCCUUGCGCUAAGAACGGCUGUUUCUGUGCAUGUCGUAUGGCAGUGGCGGCGUUUGUCCCACAUCCCUAGGCCUUUCUCGGCAUCGCUCUCCAAGUGGUCGAUGCUUAAAGAGUCAUUGAAGGGAGAGCAGUCAAACUCAUUCCAGGUGUUGAAUGAUAAAUAUGGAUCACUGGUUCGUGUUGGACCCAAUGAGCUCAUCACGAGAUCCAGACGCUCUGCGAAAGAUGAUGGCGGGCUGUUCUCGAUGCGAGACGAAAUUGCGCACAAUCAACUGCGGAUCAAGAUGGCCGCUGGUUCAAUAGAUGGGCAGAUUGAGGAGUUCGUCCACUUAUUGAACGAAAUUUGUCUGUCAACAGACGAGAAGUGUCGACCAAAGGAUUUCGCUGAGAAGAAAUCCUUCCUUACACUGGAUGUGAUGAGCAAGCUAGCUUUCGGGGAAGCGUUCGGCUAUCUUGACCAGGACAGGGACGUCUACGACUACCUCAACACAACAGCGACUCCCACAGCCGGAUCGCGACGCGACAUGCUGGGUUCUUUCAUCCGUCAUGGACUCACGCAAGAAGAAGCAUCUGGCGAAGCUUUGCUGCACGUAGUCGCUAGUAGUGACACAUCCGCAGCAAGACUUCAAGCUGUGAUGUUGGGCAUUCUGACCUAUCCGAGCACGUACAGAAGGUUGCAAUCAGAGAUCGACGACGGAAUUAAGACCGGAACCGUGCCGCCAGCCGGAGACAUAAUCGAUGGCAAGUUCAUUCAAGGAGGAACGCAAAUAGGGUCAUCACCGCUGGGCUUCGCCGAAAUGGUGAGCACAGUUGAUCUCGUGUUUCACUUUGUAAAAUUUCAGUGCCCUGGCAAGAACUUCGCUUUGAUGGAGUAUCUGUUACCGCGAUUCGACUUUUCUAUCACUCGGCCCGACAGACCAGUCAAAGUAUCGAAUGCGGGAAUUUGGAUUAUGAAAGACUUCUGGCUUAGGAUCGAAAAACGGGUCUAG